GACAGCCGGUUAAAACACGGUGGAUUACUAUGAAGUUCUAGGCGUGCAGAGACAUGCCUCAGCCGAGGUUAUUAAAAAGGCAUAUAGGAAACUGGCACUGAAGUGGCAUCCAGAUAAAAAUCCUGAGAAUAAAGAAGAAGCGGAGGGAAAAUUCAAACAAGUAGCUGAGGCGUAUGAGGUGUUAUCAGAUGCUAAAAAAACGGGACAUCUAUGACAAAUACGGCAAAGAAGGGUUAAACGGUGGUGGUGGAGGUGGAAGUCAUUUCGACAGUCCGUUUGAGUUUGGCUUCACAUUCCGAAACCCAGAUGAUGUCUAGAGGGAAUUUUUUGGUGGAAGGGACCCAUUUUCAUUCGACUUCUUCGAAGACUCGUUUGAGGACUUCUUUGAGAAUCGAAGGGGCCCCCGCGGAAGCCGGAACCGAGGCACGGGGUCGUUUUUCUCCGCUUUCAGUGGAUUUCCCUCUUUUGGAGGGGGAUUUUCUUCUUUUGAUACAGGAUUCACUUCCUUUGGUUCACUAGGUCACAGGGGCCUCACUUCAUUCUCUUCCACAGCAUUUGGUGGCAGUGGGAUGGGCAACUACAAAUCUAUAUCAACUUCUACUAAAGUGGUUAAUGGCAGAAAAAUCACUACAAAGAGGAUUGUCGAGAAUGGUCAAGAGAGAGUGGAAGUCGAAGAAGACGGCCAGCUGAAGUCCUUGACGAUAAAUGGUAAGGAGCAGCUGCUGCGCUUGGAUAACAAGUAGCUCUCCGCACGUGCGCAGCAGAGCGUUCCCUCUGGCGCGUGGGAGGACUGACAGG